AUAAUCGGUGAUUAAAUUCAAUUUAUAAUUCCACAAUAAUGAUGAUACCAACAUCAACAUUGCCUUUAUUGUUAUUUUUUGCGACUGGUGGCAAUAAUCGUGGUCAUAUUAUUGCUAUUGGACAAAUUCAUAGUGUCAAUACUGUGGAUAAUAAUCUUCAUAAAUAUGUACAUCAAAAUAUGGAUGUUGAUGCUAUCAAUCAGAGGUCAGCAUCUCAUACAUUGAUUCACUCAUUCAUGCCAGACAUUGUGACCGAUAUUAAUAAUGAUGAAUAUAGUAGCAGCGAAGAAUUCUUGAAUGAAGGCUGGUUCAAUCUUGAUUAUAAUAAUAGUGACGUAUUGCUUGCCAACGGUCUUGAUCCAGAAUUUCGUUUGCCUCAUAUGCACAAUAUAACAUUUUUACUGAACGUGAGCCGUGACAUUCCGGAAAAAUUACGAAUCAUAUUGUUUGGUUAUAUAUUGCCCAAUCUAUUCGCCUUGACCAUUAUAACGAACUUAUUAAUUGUUGCCGUAUUAUCACAGCAACAUAUGCGUACACCUACGAAUUUAGUAUUGUUGGGUAUGGCCGUUGCCGAUCUUUUAACACUGUUGAUACCAUCACCUUGGUAUAUUUACCUAUUUACAAUGGGACAUCAUCAGGAAUCAAUAUAUCCCGUCAGUACAUGUUAUACAUUCCAUUGGAUGUAUGAAGUAUUACCACCAUUAUUUCAUACAUAUUCCAUUUGGUUAACAUUGUUAUUGGCUGGCCAACGUUACAUUUAUGUGUGCCAUUUUUCAUUGGCAAGACGUUGGUGUACAGUACCACAAGUAGUUCGUUUCAUGCUGAUAUUAUUAGUCAUCGCUAUACUUCAUCAAUCGACACGUUUUUUCGAUCGAAAAUUUUUGCCAGUCAAAUAUAUUUGGGAAGGAAAAAUUUUCGAAGGUUGCGAAUAUCAAACAUCCGGUUGGGUGAUCAAAUAUUUCGGUGAAGAUCUUUAUUAUAUUUUCUAUUAUGGAUUUCGGAUUAUUUUCGUUCAUACUGGGCCUUGUAUUUUAUUAGUAUGGCUGAAUGUUCUUUUAUUUCGUGCUUUACAUCGUACAAGAAAAACACGAAAACGUCUAUUGAGUAAUUCCCGUGGAACGACUACAAUGGCCGCCGGACCUACAUCAAUCGUGACGACAAUGAUGAUGACACAGACAAAUAAUUCAACACGACGUUCGUUUGGAUCGAUGCAUACUAAUAUCCAAAAUAAUAAUAAUGGUCAUCACAUCAACACCUUUGAUCAUCAAACAACUAAUCAAAACAUUAAUUAUCAUCCAAACUGUCAAUAUCAAUCACAAUCAGUAUUAAUCCAUGUGAAUGAUGUCGAAAACAAUGAGAAUUCAGAUCAUUCUACACCUGUAGCUCAUCCACAAAUCAUCGACUGUGAUAUUAAUGAUGAUGAUAGUAAUCUUGUGAGCACUUCAAAACAUCAAAUAUCCGCUGAUCAUAAUCAGCACCAAUCCCAAAUCAAAGAUGAUCAAAAUACCAUAUUUUCAAAUAGUCCAACCAUUUUUCAUCGUUACGGUGAAUCUAUACAACGAGAAAAUUCUUCAAUCAAACUAACUCAUCAAAUGCCCGAUACGAAUAAAAUUCGAAUAAAUCGUUUAGAUUCUCGUUCAACGACCGUAAUGUUGAUUGUGAUUGUAUCGAUGUUUUUAUUUCUUGAGAUUCCAUUUGCAUUGACAACCAUAUUACAUGUUGUGCAAAGUGCAUUCCAAAUGGAAUUAGUAAACUACAGUGUGCUAAAUAGUAUUAUAAUGAUGAACAAUUUUUUCAUUAUUGUAUCAUAUCCGAUAAAUUUUGCCAUUUAUUGUGGAAUGUCUCGACAAUUUCGAAUAACAUUCAAUCAGAGUAUAUUAGCACCAUCAUGGAAAAGUUUGCAUUGGUUAUCUUUACGAUUUUAUGAUUUCCGCUAUUUUUGCCGAAAUAAUCAUAAAAAUUCAGCAACUACCACAACUAAUGAUGAUAAUAGAGAACAAUUCGGUACUAGUGAUAAAUCAUUUGUCAGUGCAGCCGAUUUGGCAGAAAAUCGAAUCGAUCGUAGUGAAAUUAUGGCGGCAUACGGUAACACAUCAUCUGAUAUCAAUAACAUUCUGAAUUUAUAUUCUACAACUAAUGAAAUUGAACUGUUACAACAAAAAUCAUCGCGUCACGAAAUAAGUAAUAAUGGUCACGAUGAUAAUAAUUCUGUGGAAACGGAUUCAAAUUUAAAAACAUUUUCAGUUACAACCAUUUCGGCAAAUACCGCUGUCCCUAAUCAAUUAUUACCAUCGACUGAUCUUGCUCCCAAUUUCAGCAACGAAGUAAUCAAUGAUAGGUUGUUGAUUUUAACUGCCAACAAUCAACAUAAAUCAACAGCAUUGAUAAAAUCCACAAAUCUACUCGAACAAAACGAAUCCAUUAUUGUCAAUGAUGAUGGUAGUAAUGAUUCACAUAAACAAAAUCAUGAAAAUAUUAUUAACGACUGCGAAAUUAAUAAUAAUAAUCAUCAGCAAACAUCAAUCGCUCAUCAAUGGGAUCAACAUUCAGAGGAAUCAUAUCAUCAUCAAAUUGAUUCUACGAUGAAAAUUGAAACAUUAUUUUCAACAACAAUGACAUCAUUAUCAAAGAAUAAAUGUUUACUUGAAACUAAUCUCUAAAUUCAUAUAUAAAAAUUUUAUUUCUCUUUCACUCGCUUUUCAUUGCAUAGAUCUAAUUUUCUGAUUUUUUUUCCUUUAUCCAUAUUGUAAAGGAUUUAUCUUGUUUUUUUUGCUGUCGAUUCAUUUUAUUUUUCGUUCUUCUUGAAUGAUGAUGCGAUUAAUUUUUAAUUUUUUGUUU